ACCGGAAGUGCAGUAGCUCUCGAGUUCGAGACAACGACGCCAUUUAAGGCAGAGCGACCUGGUGUCGUUAGAGCCGGAUAUCACCUCCAUUCAGGUUCCUGCCCGAGUUGGAGAAGACCUCCAGAAUUCUGGUGGCCGAUGGGAGGGCACUGAGUCGGUUCGCGAAGUAUCCGUUCCCACCGAAACACCCGAGCCACUGAGGGCCACCGGAAGCCCCGCCCCCAGGAGGAGUUGGAAAUCUUCGCGGUGGAGGAAGGAACCCUAAGGACUGCCCCCGGGGUGGAGCAAUGGCCACGCCCCCGGGGGCCGGUCCUGCCGCUCUGCGUUUUACAGCCGCUGCCAGCUGGCAAGUCGUGCGCGGACACUGCGUGGAACAUUUUCCGCGAGUACUGGAGUUUCUGCGGUCCCUGCGCCUUGCUGCACCCGGCUUGGUUCGCUACCGCCACCACGAACGCCUUUGUAUGGGCCUAAAAGCCAAGGUGGUGGUGGAGCUGAUCCUGCAGGGCCGACCUUGGGCCCAGGUUCUGAAUGCCCUGCAUCACCAUUUCCCAGAGUCUGGAAUUGUAGUGCGGGACCCCAAAGCUACAAAGCAGGAUCUGAGGAAAAUCUCAGAGGCACAGGAAGCCUUUUGCCAGCAGGUGAAGCGGCUGGCAGAGGCCCCUGUGGAUUUGACUUGGAAGCUGCAGGAACUUGAACAAGAGUACGGUGAACCCUUGCUGGCUGCUAUGGAAAAGCUAUUUUUUGAAUACUUGUGUCAGCUGGAAAAAGCAUUGCCUACACCACAGGCACAGCAGCUUCAGGAUGUGCUGAGUUGGAUGCAGCCUGGAGUUUCUAUCACUUCUUGUUUUGCUUUGAGGCAAUAUGGUGUGGACAUAGGAUGGCCACUUCCAGAGUACUCCGUUACUAAUUCAAUGAACAUGACAGAGCCCAUGGAGCAGAGUCCUCCUCAGAAACCAAGACCAACAGCACUCCACCAUCCUCUGCCAAAAGCCAAGGCUGGCCCAUACCUUCCUCAGGGAUCAGUCUCAAAGAAGCACCCAGAACUUUUGGCCGGCCACCACUUCAAUCUGGCCCCUCUAGGCCAGCGAAGAAUCCAGUCCCAGUGGGCAUCCACUAGGGUAGGCCAUAAGGAGCGCCCCACAGUCAUGCUGUUCCCUUUUAGGAAUCUGGGUUCACCAACCCAGGUCAUAUCUAAACCUGAGAACAGGGAAGAACAUGGGGGACACAUGGCAGAUGCAGCAGGUGCUGUCGGUACAAAAGCAGCCUCCACUGGAAAAUCUAGGAGUCCACUCCAGACCCUGGGCAGAAGGGCUCUGAAGGAGAACCCAGUUGACUCAUCUGUCUCAGAGCAGAAAGAGAAUUUCUGGGAUUGCCCCAUGGAGCCCCUGAGACUGUCAUUAUCACCUCCUAGGGCCAGGAAGCCAGUGUGUCUUCCAUCUCUGUGCAGCCCUGUUGUUACCAUAGGAGACUUGGUUUUGGACUCUGAUGAGGAAGAAAAUGGCCAGAGGGAAGGAAGGGAGUCUCUGGAAAACUAUGAGAAGACAAAGUUUGAUACCCUAAUCCCCACCUUCUGUGAAUACCUCCCCACUUCUAGCCCCAGUGUCAUGUCUUUCCCUUCCCAUGACCACACAGACUCUUUAGUUCUAGACUCCUCUGAUAGGACUGGAAUGCCCUCUGUACCCAGCCUGUCUCCUUCCUCCUCACCUCUAUAGGCAGUUUAGUGGGAAUAAAGUGAAGGCCCAGGCUUGGUUGCCUAACUACAUUGCCAAAAUUACUUUGUAAUGCUUGAUAAUUAAACUUUGGAUUUGUUAAAA